AUGAGCCAGUUACCUUCCAACAUGACGAAUUCGGCUGCGAACAGGGACGAUCCCAAACUUGCAUCCGACGCCUCAGCUCUUGGACAACCCAAAGGGGCCGUGGAGAUGAGCAGCAUCCAACAGUCCGACAACGGGGUAGACGCGCAAAAAUCAACGGGAGCCAUACCGACGACGUCACAACCAUUGAACUCCACGGACAGCAGUAAUGCUAGUGCUGCCGUCGCCACAAGCUCUGAUGGCGAGCAAACCCCGUCGGCAGCCGCCAAGGGCAAAGAGAAGGAGAUGAGCGAUCCGGCAAAGCGCGAGAAUUCACUUUCGAUAGACCCGGCUGGUGACAACGCCAGCUUGACCUCUCCAAGCGGUGCGGACCCAUUAAACCCAGCCUGCAACAUUACGCUCCUACUGCCCACCGGCGCUCGGCACCCUUACCGCAUUGACGAGAGGUAUCUGUCGAAACGCAACGUCGAGAUUCCCGAUCUGACCGAGGAUGGCAAGCGAGAUCCUUUCAGCAUCAGCAUCUAUAAACUCAAAGAGUUGAUCCUCCGGGAGUGGCGCGAUGAGUGGGAAUCGCGGCCGGCUAGUCCGAGCAGUAUACGACUGAUUCAUUUUGGGAAACUGCUCGAUGAUAAAGAACAGUUGAAGAAAUAUCAAUUCAGUGCUGAGGCGCCCAACGUCAUCCACAUGUCUGUCAAGCCGGCAGAGAUGAUGGAGGAGGAAGAGGGCGCCAAAACGAAAGGCUCUGGCGCGGGCGGAAGGACACGCGAGGGCGGCGGCUGCUGUGUCAUUCUAUAA